CGAGAGAAGACCCCAUAACAUUUAACAGUGUGUCUUUUUCACGUAGUGAAUGUCAAUAGCACCUUGCCGUGUGAUGCGAUUUGGAAAAUGACUAGUGACGAAAUACACCCUUGAAGGACAUUUGGUGGACACAGAUUUUAUGGCGAAAAGAAACCAAGAAGAAGAGUGCGGCGUAAAUUGGCCUAAAUAACCUGCAGACCAUGAACUAUGUGGGGCAGCUGGCGGGCCAGGUGUUCGUGCAGGUGAAGGAGCUGUACAGGGGACUUAACCCUGCCACAUUGUCCGGGUGCAUUGAUGUGAUAGUGGUGCGCCAGCCUGAUGGAUCCCUGCAGUGCUCCCCUUUUCAUGUUCGCUUCGGCAAGAUGGGGGUGCUGCGAUCCAGGGAGAAAGUGGUUGAUAUAGAAAUCAAUGGAGAGCCUGUGAGUUUGCACAUGAAACUGGGCGAAAAUGGAGAGGCAUUCUUUGUCAAAGAGACUGAAAACACAUUGGAAAUAAUUCCAUCCUACUUGGCCACAUCCCCUAUUAUUUCAAUAGGAGAGGAAUUAAUGGAGUCCCAACUUAACAGAACCCCUUCACAGCGCCACGACAUCAGCCUUUGCAGCUCUCUGCCUGUUCAAAACCUGGGACCUCAGACUGAUGGAGGGAUGAGUAAGAAGAGGAGAAAGAGGAGGAGGAGAGUCCGACCUGGUGGAGGAGGAGGCAGGAAAGAUGACAGUGAACUAUCAGAAGAUGAGGACAUGUUCACCAUUGACCUGAGUUCAGAUGAGGACAGUGACAUCACCAGGACUGGGUUUUGUGAUUCUAUUGCCAGUGAAAACAAAAACACAAACGGAUCUGACAGUACUUUAAUCAAGGACACUCUGUCCAUCCAUCCGCACUGUGGCCUUUCUAUCUCUUGCCCUCAGCAGACUUCUCACCUGUCCUCUAUUAGCAGUCCAGACGAUUCACAGUCCUCAACUCCAAAAAGUGACUCAGAGAUCUCAAACCAGAGGAAAACCAACCCUGAGAUGUUGUGGACCUGGGGAGAGCUGCCGCAGGCUGCACAGCCAUCUUUUCUCACCGAGAACCAGAAACAAGAUUCUACCUCAGUUGUGCCAAUCCAUGUGUCUGACAGCACUCACUUCAGAGCCAUCAAUCACUGUGAAGCCCCCUCCCUUACUGUCUACCCCCCUGAAACACAUGAGCCACAGGACACCAAGGACAUCACUUUGAAAACUGCACAAAAUAGUACUGCAGUGCAAGAGAGAGUGGUAGAAAGCAUUGGGGUGUCAUAUUCAGAUAUGGAAGCUUGUUCAAUGUCUCCCAGAAGUCUUUCUGACAAUCUGGACAGCGGAGGAGUCAGGGGGAGUCCCAUCAGAAGCAAUGAUUCACCCUCAAAAAAGAAGGAAAAAAGAAGCCAACACUUGGGCACAGAUGGCAUUUACCUAGAUGAUAUUACAGAGCUAGAGCCAGAGGUUGCUGCACUCUACUUCCCUAAAAGUGAUGGUGGCAGCAGCUCAGUGAAGCUGGACUCAGACAUGCUAAUAUGCGUGCGCAGUGAGAACCAUUCCCCACAGUCUGUGGGCAGCUGUGGAAUGGACAGUGGUGUGGACAGUUUACCAGACCACUUCAGCGACCUGCCUCACGUGGCUAUCUCUUUAUGCGGAGGCCUCACAGACAACAAGGAGAUCACACGAGAACAAUUCCAGCAGAGGGCAGUAUCUUAUCAGCAGUUUUCUGAAAAUCCUUCCAUUAUUGAUGAUCCCAACCUGGUAGUAAAAAUAGGAAACAAAUACUACAAUUGGAACACAGCAGCUCCUGUCAUGUUGGCUAUGCAGGUUUAUCAGAAACCCCUGCCCCAGGCUUCAGUGGAGAACAUCAUGAAGGAAAGAAUGCCAAAGAAAGGUGGACGCUGGUGGUUUUCAUGGAGAAGCAGAAACAAUGACUCCAAAUCAGAGUCUGUCGCAGAUGGUACAGAUAGUGGAGAACAGUCACUUGCCAUGUCCCCAAUUGACAGGGUGAAAGAUGACUCAUCUAGUGAUGAAGAUCACAAAUCAUCUAAUUUUGUGUCAGGAUCUGUUCAGCCUGAACCUCUGAAUACGUCAAGCAGCAUCUGCUACAAGAAGACGCUUAGGCUCACAUCAGAACAACUGACUAGCCUGCAGUUAAAGGAGGGCCCCAAUGAUGUGGUGUUCAGUGUUACCACUCAAUACCAAGGGACCUGCCGCUGCAAUGGCACCAUCUACCUUUGGAGCUGGGAUGAUAAGAUUGUCAUCUCAGAUAUAGAUGGAACUAUUACAAGGUCCGACACCUUGGGUCACAUUCUUCCUACACUGGGUAAAGACUGGACUCAUCAGGGUAUAGCCCGUCUCUACCACAAAGUUAGCCUGAAUGGCUAUAAGUUCAUGUACUGCUCAGCUAGGGCUAUUGGCAUGGCUGACAUGACCAGGGGUUAUCUGAACUGGGUCAAUGAGAGAGGUACUAUGCUGCCUAUGGGUCCAGUUCUGCUCAGUCCAAGCAGUUUGUUCUCUGCACUGCACAGAGAGGUGAUUGAGAAGAAACCAGAAAAGUUUAAGGUUGAGUGUCUUACAGACAUCAAGCAACUUUUUUACCCAAACACUGAACCAUUUUAUGCUGCAUUCGGCAACAGAGCAACGGAUGUGUACUCUUAUAAAGAAGUGGGAGUUUCCCUCAACAGGAUUUUCACUGUUAAUCCCAAAGGAGAACUGACACAGGAACAUGCCAAAACCAACAUUUCAUCCUUUGGCCAUUUGUGUGAAAUGGUGGACCAUGUCUUCCCUGUGCUAGUGCAAGAUGACGGCUCAGAAGUUUCAAAGAACUUUGAUCGGUGUAACUACUGGAGCAAACAACUGGAUGAUAUGAACUCAGACGAGGCAGAGGACGACCUACAGACCAUUGAGACCAGUUAAGGACAAAACAAACUAAAUUAAAGGAACAGUGCAUUUUAGAGUUUAGUUUCACAUUAUUUUUUACAGCUUAAUUUAAUGUUGUAUGUAUUUUAACAAAUGAACAUAAUAUUAUCAAGCUUCUUACAGUACACAGUACACAGUAUGCAGAGGAUACGAUACAAUACAGUAUAAAGAAACUGCUAAUAACCAAUGAAUUAAUGUAUUACAAAUCAAUAGCUACUACCUUUAAAAAAAUAAAAUAAAAUACUUGACAUUGCAAUUCCAUGUUAUAUUGCAGUAACUUAUUUCAUAAAGCACUUCAGGAACAUGGCAAAAAUAAUGCAAAAUAUCACAGAAUGUCCCUAAAUAUUUUUCACGUUCUCUUUGACCUUUCUACUGUGAAACAUGAGGUUUCAGCACAUUUCCUUAGUAUUAACUGGUUCUAAUAUUGAUGAAUGCAGAGCAGUGCAUAUGUAUUUCGUCUUUGUGUUAUGCCUAGAUUAAAUAUGUACAGAUAUUUUGAAUGUAGUUUAUAUACAUUUUGUAAUGCCUAUCAAUGCAAGUUCAAGUUUAUAUGUCAAUAGUUGAAACAAUGACAAGAUGUUCUCAAGUCUUCAGUCUUUUAUAGAUGUGUAAAGAGAAUCACUUAAUUUUCAAAAUUUUACUCGAUGUAGAUGUAGAUUUUAUAUAAAAUAUACUAGAUUUUAUAUUUUAUAACAGUCUCGUAACCACUCUUAAUAUUGUGUUUGUUGAAUUUGUUUGCAUUUCUAUGCAUAGUCCAACUUUGUAAUAGGAAAAAGCACUUGUCUUUAUCAGUAACUCUUGGACAGCUAGCGUUAUAUUAUUUUAAGUCUGUAUUUUGCACUGGUUAAAAUGUUUGUUCAGUUUUGAAGCAGUGGUGUUUUUAUUGCCUGAACAGUUGAUAUUUGCCUACAUACUACAAUUAUAAAAUAAUGCAAUAACAUACAAUUUUUUCAAUCACAAGAAAGGUCAUACAUAAUAAUGAAAUAUUCAUAAUAUAAUAAUGUAAAGUGAUGCGGGUUAAUCAGUGAUGUGCCAAUUGUGUCUAACCUCAUUUUGCUGUGAAUUUUGUAUAUUAUAGGUUAUAGAUUGGUGUUGUCUGUCUUAAAUUAAGAAACACAAGACAUUAAUAUUCUAAAUGAACGGCACAAUUUGUCACAUGAAUAAGCAUGCAUAUGCAUCCAUAAUGUAAAAUGUGAUUUUUCUGUGUCAACUUGAUCUUUGCUGCUUCUGCUUUAUCUUUACUGUUUGAGGAAUCACUGCUCUUACAGCUUGUACAAAAUGAGCAGAAUUAUGGCUUUCUCUGCUCUAAUAUCACGUAUAGUAUAAAACAUCUUGCUUUUUGUUUGUUGUUAUUUCAGCGCACAGUGUCUCAGACAGUUAUCAUCUUUUAGAUGGUUAUAUGAUUCUUUCAGUGAAAGAUACAGCAAGCAAUUGUUUAACCAGUCUGCAGCCUGUGUCUCCAUGUUUUUAACAUGUAAGAGUAUAAUUUUUAAAAUUCUGGUCUUAGUGUGUUGUCAAAAAUGUUGAGCAAAUGAAUCUGAAUUUCUAAUAAAGUGAUUCCAAACAUA